AUGUCUCACCAACCCACCGUCAUCAAGGAAGGAGAGUGGCAAGAUGGCCUCUGUGGAUGUUGCUCUGGUGGGCACUUCUGGAUGGGGUGCUGCUGCCCUUGUAUUCUGGUGAACAAGACUCAUGAGCUUCUCGAGAACCCCUCGAACCCUUCACCUAGCGGAUGUGGCAUGUGGGGAUGUGCCUGGUGUGGCUUGAACUUUUGUGGCGGCUGGGGAUGGAUUCUCGAAUGCCUUCAGCGUGGAGAGGUCCGAUCCAAGCAUAGAAUCGAGGGAAGCGGGUGCACCGACUGUCUUGUCGCCUGCUGCUGCCCUUGCUGCGGUGUGAUCCAGUCGCACAAGGAGGUGGAGAAGCGCAGGGACGCGAUGCAGGGAGGUGUGCCGGACAAGAUGGGCUAUCAGGGACAGGCCCCCAUGAGGGCUUGA